AUGUUACCACUUAGAAGGAACUGGUCUCCUGAAUGGUGGAUGAAAGUUACAAAACUGAUUAAAAAGUAGGUCAGUUUGUAGUGCCCACAAUCUUUAAUUAAUCCAUUUAAUAAAAAAAAAUAAAAAAAAUAAAAAAAAUAAGAAUUUGUUUUAAAAUGUUGUUUAUAUCGCCUACAAGCUAUAUAUAAAACGCAUUUUAUGUACAUGUAGAUUGCAAGGAAGCUCCAGCUUAUUGUACUCUAAACAAUAUUUAAAGGAACACUAUAGUGUUAGGAAUACAAAUAUGUAUUCCUAACGCUAUAGAGCCCUAGUCACCUAUAGUGGUUCUUUAAAUAAAAAACAUAAAAAAGCAAAACAAAAGCACUCCCCCUCCAAAACCCUUUAAAAAAAAAAAACUAGCUCUACUUUUUGCCUGACAUUGGACACAUGAACAUCCAAUUAAUCAAAUGUUCAAAUGGGAGAGCUGAACAAAGUCUGUGCAUAUUUCCAUCCAUUCCAUGGUAAUACAAACCUCUCCAUAGGGCCUACUACCAGCAGAUAGUGGAUGUGGCUCCUAUUACGAAAUCCUAGCAGCACAGGAACAGGCACUUAGCUGUAUUGGGCUGGAUCUGCCCAAGUCCUGAUGGGAGACACCACAAAAGGUAGUUGAUAAUGAUAGGACUAAGAUCCGGUUGGACUUUCAGAUUAAGACAGACACGCAAGUACUGGCCAGCCGAUCUGACAUCUUGGUGGUAGACAAGGAACGGAAGACUGCACUGGUGGUGGAUGUGGCAAUACCCAGUGACUAGAACAUCAGGAAGAAUGAACACAAGAAGAUGGACAAAUACUAUGGACGGAAAGAAGAAUUAGAAAGGAUGUGGAGAGUAAAGGCAGUAUUAGUCCCAGUAUUAGUCCCAGUAUUAGUCCCAGUAUUAGUUCCAGUAUUAGUUCCAGUAUUAGUCCCAGUAUUAGUCCCAGUAUUAGUCCCAGUAUUAGUCCCAGUAUUAGUCCCAGUAUUAGUUCCAGUAUUAGUCCCAGUAUUAGUCCCAGUAUUAGUUCCAGUAUUAGUCCCAGUAUUAGUUCCAGUAUUAGUUCCAGUAUUAGUCCCAGUAUUAGUUCCAGUAUUAGUUCCAGUAUUAGUCCCAGUAUUAGUCCCAGUAUUAGUUCCAGUAUUAGUCCCAGUAUUAGUUCCAGUAUUAGUCCCAGUAUUAGUCCCAGUAUUAGUUCCAGUAUUAGUCCCAGUAUUAGUCCCAGUAUUAGUUCCAGUAUUAGUCCCAGUAUUAGUUCCAGUAUUAGUCCCAGUAUUAGUCCCAGUAUUAGUUCCAGUAUUAGUCCAGUAUUAGUCCCAGUAUUAGUCCCAGUAUUAGUUCCAGUAUUAGUCCCAGUAUUAGUCCCAGUAUUAGUCCCAGUAUUAGUCCCAGUAUUAGUUCCAGUAUUAGUCCCAGUAUUAGUUCCAGUAUUAGUCCCAGUAUUAGUCCCAGUAUUAGUUCCAGUAUUAGUCCCAGUAUUAGUUCCAGUAUUAGUUCCAGUAUUAGUCCCAGUAUUAGUCCCAGUAUUAGUUCCAGUAUUAGUUCCAGUAUUAGUCCCAGUAGUUAGUUCCCAGUAUUAG